AUGACGCGGAAUGGAAUGUACUGUCCGGCCGUCGCGGUAUAUGACACGCGGACCAAGCCAUACAAAGAGUCUGUCAUCCGGUACUGCUGUGGUUUCUGGAACGGUGAUUGUGUUGAGGUGGACGACGAGGAGAAGCUCGUCGUUGUAGCGUAUGACGUGCUUCUGGAAGUAAUAGAAAGAAUUGUCGAUGUCGGAACGGACGAUGCACUCCUGGAAGUAGAAGCUAACAAGUACGUCGAGGAGCUCACGGAUGUGAAAAUAUUGCUACUUGGAGACGCCGCGGGCGAAGAAGAGGAAGCCGUGGUAGCUGAUGGCCCCGCAGCACUGCUUGAAGAGCUGAAAACGAUCGUCGAAGAUCUGCCGCUGCUACUAGAUGCAGAGGAAGAGGGAAUCUGA